CUCUGGCAUCUAGUCGAUUUUAAAAGGAGUAAACAGUGUUUUUUACGGAGUUUGUGUACAAAGAAGGUUUCUGUUAUUGUGUGAAAAUGUCUAAAUCCCAAAAGUUGCGAUCGCUGGUGAAGCAGCGACUAACUGCGGCUGCUGAAGAGAUAUUUGGGCUGUUUGAAACGACGAUAGCAGAGUACGAGGAGGAACUUUGUCGUUCAAAAGAGGAAAACGAGAGAAAACAGAAACUCCUAGACGCUGUUUUCAGCUCUAAUACUCCGUUACAAAGAGCAGACGUCCAGCAGGUGUUGGUGAUUAAAGAAGAGGUUCCCCCUGAAGAGCGGGAAUGGAGCUCCAGUCUGGAGCAGGAGGACCAUGAGGGCCAGGAGGAGCCAGACCACCCAAAUAUUAAAGAGGAAGAAGAGGACCUCUGGACCGGUCAGGAGGGAGAGCGGCUUCGAGGCCUGGAGGAGGCUGAUGUCAUCAAGUUCCCGUUCAGUCCUGUCUCUGUGAAGAGUGAAGAUGAUGAAGAGAAACCUCAGCCCUCACAGCUUUAUCAAAGACAAACUGAACAGAUGGAAAAUGAAGAUCAUGGAGAGGACUGGGGAGGACCAGAACCAGAACCAGCCAGCUGCUCAGAUCCAGAAAGACAUCAAGAACUGAUUACUGUUGAUAUGACUGGAGAUGCUUCUGAACUCGAGACUGAAGACAGUGGGGACUGGAAGGAGGCCAGAGAACAUCAGUCAGGUUUUAGCUCUUGGACGAUUGAGAACAACGUCUCUGUCAGUGGUUUCAGAUUUAGUACUGUUGAGAAACAGUUCAGCUGCUCUGACUGGGGGGAAGGGUUUGGAACUGGAGAAAAUCAAAGAGGACCCAUGAGCUCUUUUGAAGGAGAGAAACCUUUCAGCUGCUCAGUCUGUCAGAAAACUUUCACACAGAAGGGAUAUUUACAGGGACAUAUGAAGAUCCACUCAGGAGAGAAACCUUUCAGCUGCUUAAUUUGUGGUAAAAGAUUUAUACGGAAGGUACAGCUGACACAACACAUGACAAAUCACACAGGAGAGAAAACUAUCAGCUGCUCAGUCUGUCAGAAAACCUUCACACAGAGUGGAUGUCUACAGAGACACAUGAGACUCCACACAGGAGAGAAACCUUUCAGCUGCCUCAUUUGUGACAAAAGGUAUUUUCGCAUGGAACAUCUAAAGUCACACAUGAGAACUCACACAGGAGAGAAACCUUUCAGCUGCUCCAUCUGUAAUAAAUCUUUUGCACACAAUGGAAAUCUACAGACACACCUGAAGACUCAUACAGGAGAGAAACCUUUCAGCUGCUCACUUUGCGAUCGAGCCUUCACCCAGAAGUCCAGUUUGCAGUUACACAUGACAACGCACACAGGAGAGAGACCGUUUGGCUGCUCCUUUUGUGGCAAAGCUUUUAGUCAGAAGUCGAGGUUGCAGAUGCAUAUCAAAAGUCAUACAGGAGAGAUGCCAUUAAUGCCUGGUUUGGAUGGAUGCAAAGACACCUUAGUUCAUUACUUGAGUGCCCACACAGAGGAAAAAAACAUUCAGCUGCAGCUGAUGGAGAGAACUGCAGAGGACCAGAACCAGACAAGAACUUUACAACCUGAUAUUGUUGAAAAGACUGGAAUCUUUCCUGGAAUUCCCAAAGUCUAACAUCAACAAACUACCGUAGCUGUUCACAUACUUAGACAUGUUGUCUAUGAUCACAAACGUUUCUUACCUUUCUCCCCGUGUUCCAUCUUUAACAAAACCAUUUCUUGAAAUAUCACAUUUCAACAGAAUAAUAAGGAUGGAAAAGCAGAAAAAUAUUACAACAGUGAACAACUCUUCUAUUUGUUGUUUUAAUGUAAUGUCUGACUGGAAUAGACUGAAAAAAGACUGAAAAAGUUGCUUAAUUUUCAUGAGUUAAUGCUUGGAGCACAGUAGAAUAUAUAGUUCUCUUUGUGUACUUAUAUGUUGUAUGUGGUCAUGGAAACUUGAAACUACAUGGGUCAUUGAAAAGGCAUGAUAAAGUGAAAAAUGUUAACAAAUACAUCUGUUUCCAUGUUGU